GGGGCGCCCGCCUGCUCGGCGGCUCGCGCGACUGGUCGUUGCGGGCCGGUGACAUGCCUGUGAGCUGCGGAGGCUGCGGCCCCCAGGUGUUUUAUGGACUAAUUCUUCAUUGAUUACACAGAAAAGCAAUAUAGUUAUGGCAGCCGUCCAGACUUCGAGAAACAGUCACGUGAAGACUAGAGCAUCUGUCAGAAAAAGUUUCAGUGAAGAUGUGUUCCAGUCGGUCAAGUCUUUAUUACAGAGUGAGAAGGAACUAUGCAGUGUAUCAGCGGAGGACUGUUUAAAGCAGGAGGAACAUGCCAAUUUGACUGAGGUCACAUUUCUAGGUUUUAAUGAAGAAACAGAUGCCGCUCACAUACAGGAUUUAGCUGCAGUUUCUUUGGAACUUCCAGAUCUUCUGAAUUCACUGCACUUCUGCAGUCUAAAUGAAAAUGAAAUUAUUUGUAUGAAGGAUAUAAAUAAAUCAUCAGAUGGAAACAAUGGUUCUCCAAAUCAGAGUCACCAUUCUGGAAUGCUCUGUGUCAUGAGAGUGUCACCUACAUUACCAAGGCUCAGAAUUGAUUUUAUCUUUAGCCUGCUAAGUAAAUACGCUACUGGUAUAAGAUAUACCCUGGACACAUACUUGCAUCAGAAGCGCCAACUUGAGACUGCUCACGAAGAUGAUGACGACACCAACCAGUCCGUGUCUUCCAUAGAGGAUGACUUUGUCACUGCUUUUGAGCACUUAGAGGAAGAAGAGCCUUUAAAGCCAUUUACUGAUGGAAUAAACAUUGCUGCACUAAAGAGCCAGUGUGAUGCUGCUUCACAGACUUCUUCUGGUCACCAUCUAGAAACCCAUGAUUUAAGAAUUCUGGUUAGCUCUGGGAGGCAGAAGUCAUUGGCUAAACCUUCAACUUCCUUAAUAAAUAUGCUGGGACAUAAAGAACUACCUUCUGUGAAAACUUCAGUCACAACAUUAAUUUCUGAGCCUUGGAUCCAAAAGAGUUUCUAUAGAUCAUCUAAUGCUUCAGAUAAAGGUAGUGAUACACAGAAAAUGUUUUUUUCUUCUUCUCCUGCCUAUUCCUCUGAAUCUGAAUGCUCAAGUCCAAGUCCUGUUAUUUUCUUGGAUGAAGAAGGAUAUCAAAAAAGUUUAAAAGCAAAACUUGAGUUACCUAAAAUUCCCGUGACGAAAGAUGAUAUAGAGGAUUCAGACUCAGAAGUAAGUGAAUUUUUUGAUAGUUUUGAUCAGUUUGAUGAGUUAGAACAAACUUUAGAAACUUCUUGUCCAUUUCUAAAAGAUCCUGUUGUAGGGAAGCCGUCGCAAAAGAAAGGACACAAACAUGAAAAAUCUUGUUCUGUAACUACUACUAUGAAUCCUCAAAAAUUCAAGUUUGAGCGUCCAGCUCUCCCAGCUAACGUUAGAAAGCCAACUCCUCGUAAACCAGAAUCCCCUUACAGUAACCUGUGUGAUGCCCCGGAUUCACCUCGCCCAGUGAAGGCGUCAGGGGAGGACAGUGGUUUGUUUAGCCCUAUUCGAUCCUCUGCCUUUAGCCCUCUUGGAGGUUGUACUCCUGCUGAAUGUUUUUGCCAAACAGAUACCGGUGGAGAUAGGAUUCAUGAAGAUCAUGAUUCUGUUUAUUACACCUAUGAGGAUUAUGCAAAUAGCAUCUCAUGUAAGGUUCUGGGCUCUGUUCUUCAUACCCAACAUACUAAUGCUACAUCAAACAUUAAGAGCAUUAAGAAGGGAGAAAAUAAAACCAUAGCUCUUCACAGUGGAAGCCUUGAUCAAAAAAGUAAAUCUAAAAAUAAAUCCUUGAUGAUUAAAGAUACUAUUCAGAAAUUUGCCUCAGACCUUGUGGAAAAAAGUUUUGGCAGUGCAUUUAAAGACUUACAGAAAGGAGUCUCUUCGUGUACCAAUGCGUUGUGUCACCUGGCUAUCAAAUUGACAUCCUCUGUUUUUCAGAUGGCAUUUAACGAACUGAGAAGGCAGUGUGCGUUUUCACUGAGAGAACGUGCUGUUAGUGGUCUGGCUAAUUUUUUGGUGAGUGAAGCUUUAUCAAAUGCUUUCCGGGAUUUACAGUAUGUAAAAAAGCAGAUAUUCACAAACACAGUCGCUCGGUUUGCUGCGGAUCUUGCUGAAGAGCUUGUUUUUGAAGGCAUCAUGGAGGUGUGUCAGUUUUCCUGUCCCCCAACACCCGCAUCUCCACAGUGUUGGCCGUUUGACUAUGAAGACAAAGCAGUGAAGUCCUAUGCAAAAGACCUGUCUGAGUCUGUAUUACAGGAAGCGUUCAUCGAGCUUUCACAAGCCGGCGUGACCUUCUCAACCAAGGCAGCAGUUAGUGUUUCCACAGAUACCAUAAAGGAUGCCAGUGCAGGAAAUUUAGCGCCACCGACACAGACCUCCACGUUUUCCCCUGCUUUUAACAACCAGACCCUUAUGGAGACAAAACCCAUGCAGGAACAUAAAAAGGAAUACACAGUACAGCAGGCCUUGUUUUGUACUUCUGGAAUUGUUACUUCGAUACCAGUACCCUUGGCAGGAAGUGCCCUUCUCCCAUAUCAUAUCUCGUCUAAUAUAUAUCAGUCAAAAUCGCGUCGGUCAUCGGAUGAUAGUAAUUUGAAUGGCGAUUCUAUCCAGACAUGUGUUACCACAAAAAACAAAGACGAGAAAGUAGCGUGUCUCAGACAUAUUUGUUUACCCUCAGACCACAAUCCAGGUAACCAGAAUGAUUUUAAACCAACUAAUGAUGCUGCUGAAGUGCAGAGCUCUUCAAAAUUAACAAGUGAUCCUGUGAUUAUUAACAACUUUUCUGCAGCAAUGGUGCAUACGAUUGUAAAUGAAACUUUAGAGUCAAUGACAUCAUUCAAAUGUACAAAAACAGUUGUUGAACAAACAGAUGGUGUAACUAAAACAGUAAAGGGAGAAACCCUUCCUUUCUGUUCUGAUCAAGCAACAGUGCAACAGAGCGAAGUUAGCAAUAAGGAUAUGUUUGCUGAUCGAUUAUCUAAAUCUAUUAUUAAACAUUCCAUCGAUAAAAGCAAAUCGGCGAUCUCAAAUGUAGAUAAAAAUGCUGAACGCAAGGAAGACUUGCUUGUUCCUGGAGAAGAGUCACAGUUGACCUUGGAAAAGUUCCCCAAAUUUCUCGAUGCUCAAGAUCACUUAACCCCCUGUUCACUUUCAGUAGGAAAGGACUGUGUUCCAGAAUGUAAAGGUUCUAUAGCUCAUGGGUUUUCUUUAGAGACACCGCAACCUUGUCCGACAGUUGUGGGUCAGAAACCUGAUUUGAAGGAAGUUGCUAAAGACAAAUCCAUGAAAAAGGAUAAUUUGAAUAAUGCAGCACUUGAGCCCUUGUGUUUUGGUCAAGACCACCCUUGUCCUCAUUCACAUACUUUCUCCUCUACAGUGCUUACGUGUGUAGAUGGUUUGCACGUGGAAGAUAAACAGAAGAUUAGAGACGGCAAUGUGAUACCCGAUACUCCUCCAUCCACUCCUCUAGUACCAUCCCAGGCUAGUUCUGAAUGGGAUAUCAAGAAGUUAACCAAAAAGCUCAAGGGGGAAUUGGCAAAAGAAUUCGCACCUGCUACUCCACCCUCUACACCUCACAACUCAUCUGUUGGUAGUUUGUCUGAAAGUGAACAAAAUACUAUAGAAAAAGAAGAGUUCAUGUUGAAACUCAUGCGAUCUCUUUCAGAAGAAGUGGAAAGCAGUGAAGACGAAGAGCAUCCGGAAGUGGAUGUGAAGUCAGAGCACUCAGGGAAGAAAGUUCAGUUUGCGGAAUCGUUAGCUACGCACAUCAUUUCUCUGGCCACAGAAAUGGCAGCUUCCCAUUUAGAUAAUAAAGUAACUCAGGAACCCAAGGUUAAAAGCCCUUGCUUAACUGUGAAGAGUCAAAGAAGUGUGUCACCUACUGCUUUAAGUCACUCAGAGGAAAACUUACAAAUAUUAUGCAAUUUUGCAGGUGACCUGGCAGCAGAAGUCAUUACGGAGGCUGAGAAAAUAGCAAAAGUUAGAAGCUGUGUGCUUUUCAGGCAAAGGACGAAUAGUUGUUACGUGGACGGUGGCCGAGACGAUAGAUCAGAAGAGAAGUUGGAGAUGGAGGCUCUGGCAGACCCCAAAGAAGUAGAUCCGUCCAGUCUUUCAUUACCACCAAGUUCUUGUGUGUCUGGUCUGACGUACAAGUAUCCCAGCUGUGAAAGCGUGACAGACGAAUAUGCGGGUCACAUUAUCCAAGUGCUCAAACAGGAAGGUGGUAAUAGUGAGUUAAUAAUGGAUCAGUAUGCCAAUAGACUUGCCUAUCGAUCUGUUAAGUCGGGAUUACGAGAAGCAGCGAAGGCAGCCCAAAUGAAGUGCAGCUCAAAAAUGUUCUCCGUGCAGAGCUCACAGGUGACAACCAAGAACGACCUCUUAAUAUUCUUAAAUAAAGAACACCACCAAGAAGUAGAUCACGAACGACAAAGUAAAAGAAGUGGAGUUUACCUUUGCAAAAAUAAAACUUGUGAAUGGACGCUGGAUACAUACAAAAAUGACUGCUCUGAACUGUAUAGUUUUUCAGCCUCUCUUGCUCACAGCAUAACAAGAGAUGUUAAAAAAGAGCUGACAGUGUCUACAGUUGGCUUGCCAAAAUCCUUAACAGAUUCUUGCCUUUAUGAAAAGUCUGGACGUGAUGAAGAAACCAGGUUGCCCGCUGAGCCAGAAUUUCCUCAGGCUCUUCAGCCUUCCCCGCAAAAUCACAGAUUUUACCACAGUACAGGCAGCUUAAAUGGGUUUGGUUAUGGAGAGAGCGUGGCUCAAGCUAUAGAACAGUAUGCGAGAAAAGUAGUGGAUGAUACCUUAGAGCUCAGUUUAGGAUCUGCAGUUUUCCAUGCGUCUGAGUCCACAAAAGCAGCUGAUAGGGUCACUUAUGCAGAAAAGUUGUCACCUCUUAUAAGUCAACCCUGCAGAUAUUGUGACCGUAAAGAACUGCAUGAUUGCACUGGAAAUUCAUCUCAACAUGUUUCCAGGCAGGAUUCACUUGCUACUAGUCAGCCAGCUUCUAAAUCAAAACUUAGCAACAUCUAUCAGGAAUCUAGAAUUUUUCAUCUUGAUGUCCCACAAAUUCAUGUUGGUCUUGAUAAGAAGACAGUGCUUGCUGAGAAGAUAGUUGCUGAAGCUAUUGAAAAAGCAGAGAGGGAACUGAGCAAUACCAGUCUGGUGGCUGAUAGCGGGAUUGGACAGGAUGGCGUUAGCUUUGCUGAAAGCCUUACCACAGAAAUAAUGACGUCGGCGAUGACCAAUGUUGGACGUGCUGUUAGCAGUCCAAAAGAAAUAGAAGACUUUCAGUCAACUGAGUCUCUGGGCAGCCAGCAGCUGAACCUCAGUAUUGGUGAUGACAGCACUGGCAGCUGGUCCAAUUUAAGUUUUGAAGAUGAACACCAGGAUGAGAGCAGCAGUUUUCAUCACCUAAGUGAAAGUGAUGGGCCAGAUGAUAAAGAUGAAGAUCAUGAGGAUGAUGUAGAAGGUUUGGAGCAAGACCGAAAGAUUCUGCUCAUUACAAAUAUCGACAUGGAGCCGUGCACAGUAGACCCCCAGCUAAGGAUUAUCCUUCAGUGGCUCGUCGCUUCGGAGGCUGAAGUGGCAGAACUUUGUCUUCAUGACUCUGCGAAGAAGGACUUUAUACAACUUUCAAAACGACUACAAGGAAAGGGAUGGAAGGUGGGGGACCUCCUGCAGGCUGUGCUGCGGUACUAUGACAUGCGGGAGAAGGCGCCUGGAGAGGAGAGGUGCAAGUCACUGUUUGACUGGCUCUUGGAAAACGCAUAGAACAAACUCGCAGCCGGUCCAUUUUAUUGUUUGGGGAGAGGAAGUAACAGAUAAGGAUGCAUAGGGUAAACUGUUAACACUUACCGUGAACUGGGAGGGAAGUAGAUAGAGCUUUUUAAAAGCGCAUUCCGUCAUCCCACGUUGUAUAUAUAUAGUUCAUACUUUUGUAAUCUCUGUCAAAUAUGAUCUUCAUUUAUUCUUCUAGACACGUGCAUAGUGUGUUAAGAUCCUAAGAACACUGAUUUGACGGAAGGUCUGACCAUGACGUUUUCAGGGACACUGACUGACAGCAUUCUUUUUGCAUCCAAGUUAGUGCUGCUAUGAACCGCACCCAGGCGGCCAAGGACGUUGCAGACAAAUGCUAUCCUGUUAAGAACUAAUCUGACAAAAUAGCUUUGAGGCUAAUGGUUUUUCUUCCCUCAAUAGAAUUUUUUUCUUAUUUUUAAAAGUCAUUUUUAUUUUCAUAGCUCAGCUAUUGGUAGCUUUUUGAAUCCCCCCCAAACUAUUUAAUUUCUUAGAAACGUUAGUAUUCUAGGUUUCUCUAAAUACCGUAAAUGAUAGUUUCCCCAGCCUUUCAUUAAAUGACAUUAUUUGCUAAUGUUGCCAAUCCAUCUGGCAUGAAAGUGUGUGUGUGUGUGUGUGUGUGUGUGUGUGUGUGUGUGUGUAUGUGUAUGUAGAGGAAUACUUUUGACUUGCCUAGUGGGUUUGUGCCCUUUUUUAUUUUACUGUUUUCUUGGUUAGAAACCCACUGUUGACAUUUAAAAGGUGCUUUAAAAUAAAAUGUCUAUAAAGAUUGUGCAGUAAGAAUUUUUAUUUCUUGGUUUUUUUUUUUAACUAUUUUGCAUCCCUAAUUUAUCCUAUAAAUGAAAAUAAAGGUGCAAAACAUGUUAAAAUUUUAAAAAUUAAUGUUAAUAUGGAAAUGCAUUUAGAGAAGCCCAAUAAUGAUUUUCAUUGUUGGAUUUUUGAAAAACAAACAACUCUCUUCUUAGCAAGGAUGAGCUUUUUCUAGAAAAAGAAGGGAUGCCCAGGCUCCCUCUCCCCGAUAAAAUAGUAUCUGCACUGUUUUGUAAAGUUGACUGACAUGAUUUUUCUGGGCUCUGUGUUUUUUUACUUCCUUGUCUUUAGAAACUGCAAGUUGACUCGAAUAGCGCUUGUGUCUUGGUAUUGUACGUGAGGGUAUGUGCGUGUGAGUUUUUGGUUCUUCCAUUAAUGGAUUUUAUAAUUGAGAGUAAAUCACCUUUUGUUGGGGGCUUUGGUUUUACUCCAUUACAUUUUCUUUUUUCCUGCCAUUGCAUUUUCUUUUUCCCUGAGCACUGACUGUUCUGGAAGCUGCACAAAGUGUAGAAGACAUAGCACCCACCAAGGGGCAAGGAAUAAGGGCACUUACAUUAAUUUGAAUUAAUAAUUAUGGUAGAGAAAUGUAUUUUGUAAUGAGAGAGUAAAAUUUGCUUUUUAAGAAAAAUACCAAAAGCCACUUAAAUAUUUUGAGAUUACAUUGUAAGCUUUGGUUUUUCUCAACUUAAGAUACAGAAAUGGAGUGAGCCUUAAAAAUAAAUUUGCCUAAAGUUUCUUCAAGUAUUUUUUAAGGUGGAGAAAUGCAGGAAUUGUAUAUAACCAGAAUUGUUUCUGUCUUUUGCUUCUCAGAACUUGAGAUUUAGCAGCACUGGACUGGGUUUAUACAUGCUGGCACCUGGGUUGUUGAUGAUAACACGGAUUUACUGCUUAUUAAGCUUGGAUUGAAUUUUUACAAGUAUAUAACUAUCAAGUUGUGUUUAGUAACUUGGAUAUAUGUAUGGGUGUGAUUAACAGCCAAAUUGUGUUCUGACUUUCUUUUCAGCUAAAGUGAAAAUAUAUUAGUUUCGUUAAAACUUUCUGUGCUUGAAAGUGUUUAUGUUUAUUUCUAUUAUGGUAGAAAUCAUUUUGAAGAUUUUCCUCCUGUCUCUGUUUUCUCUGCAUUUACCUGGAGCUUUGCUGGAUUCAGAGUUCCCUGAUUUAGCCACGACGUAAGGACAGACCAGUCUUUAGGUGUUAGUUAGCAUGCAUGGUAAGAAUCCUGGUGGAACUCUACCCCUGUAUCAGUUUCACGCAGGGGCACAGAGAAAAAUAUUAAGUAUUGGCAGAUGUGAAAAGAAGCGUGAGUUAAAGCUCCUUGUAGGGAGAGAAGUAUCUUUUAAUCAAGUGCAGUCUAAACUCACAUUCUUUAAAGGCACUUUGUGAUUAUUCCAAAGACAUGUUCCGUCUGUUUGGUUGCCCAGUCUUCAGAACAGCUCUGUUUGUUGAGGACUACCCGUCUUAUUUUAUUACAGAUCUACUUGACCUAUUUGUAUUAUAUAACAUUGUGAUCUUGCCAUUCUGUGCAUUUUGGCUCUUACGAAAUUACCAUGUCUUAUUCAGAACUGUUAAGUUGUGAUGUGCAUUGAGUUGAAUUCUGUUUAUCAAUUUCAGAACCCUUGAAGGAUCUGUGGGAAGAAAGUGGACGAGGCCUUCUGAUAGGUUGUUUUUUUUUUUUAGAACAUUAUUUUAGACCGAAAUGUAGCAAUUCUUUGAUAGUCUUUUCCCAAGCCACGUUUAAACUACAUUUAUAUUUUGGAUGUUAUUAAUGUUGAUUUUGAAAAUACUUCCUGAUUUAUACAAAAUGAAUGAUUCAUUUGUAAAUCACAGAAGAAAAUUAAAAUAUCUAUUGGGAUGGUUGAUAGAAUUUAAUGAAGUAAUAAAACCUCUGAGAGUAUUCACUUGGUGAAUAUACGUGAUAACAUCUUUAUACUUUGAAAAAUGUUCCACUUACCCUUUCAGAUAUUUGACGUGAAUUAAUUCAAUUCAUAAUACUUCCAUUUUGCUUAAAUAAGGGUUUUAUGUUGCUGGCAGGAGAAUUUAAUUACUUAUUAAAUGUACCAUGUAUAAAGUGAAAGAUCAUUUACUCACAUGGCUUUGACAUCAGUGCACAUUUCCCAGUCGCAGACCUUAACCCUGACUCAUCAUCAGAGUCCAGAGUCAGAUGUCUUCUUAGUUAAUUAUUUAGCUAGUAGUAUUCUUUCACAAAUAACUAUCACUUUCCCAUCAGUAUAUUGCUUUAAAUUUUAUAUUUCUCAAAAGAAACUUUCCACAGUUUUAAAAAAAAAUAUUAAUGCAUCCACACUCAGGGUGUAGGGAAAAUGCUUUCCACUGAAAACCCUGCCCACCUGUCACCAGCACAAGACAGUUAGAGCAUCAGUGGGAAUUACGUAAUUAUACUAAAGCGAAAAGUGAAAUGCAUUUUUGUUUCCAUUUUUAGCAAAAGACCCUGCACACAUUUACUCACUUACUGGAUUCCUGCUCUGAAGACGCAGAUGCAGUGUUGGUCACUCUUGUCACUUUAUUUAUUUAUUAUUGUUUUUUCCAUCCCUGUACAUUCCUUUCACAUGGGUAGGAUUGUAGUUCUAGAAGUUCAUUGUUUUGUUUUUGCUGUAAUGUUUGAAUACUAUUUAAUAUCAGGUUUUAAUAUUGCUGGAUUUGCUAACUUUGGUUACUUGUGCAGUGUUUGAAGUAAUUCACAUUCUUGUUUAAUAUAUAUAUAGUAAAAGCAGCUUUGAGUAAUCGUAGCUGUUUAUUUGUGCAGAAUUACUACAUUAAGAUCUUGUAUAACGGUGACUUUUUUUGGCUUUUCAGUCAUUUAAUAUGUUCAUUUAUCAAAAUAUGAACUUCAGGAUGCACUAUAAUUUUGUUUUUGCAGUGGCUCAAAAUAAACAUUUCAGAAAUUACUUUUGUAAUAAUUUGCAAUUAAUUGUUCUUUUUAUCUUUUAUGAAUUAUUUGUCUGUGAUCUUUCCUCUCCCAACUAAGAAUUCUCCAAUAAACUUAAGAGAUGCCUGGC